GCACGCGCUCUUUCGUAGCGUUUGGGUCGUUUGAAAUCGCGUGGAAAAACCUCCAACUGACCAGACAGUUUCAACAUUUACUUCGGUUUUUGCGUUUACCCAGUGACUAUCGUAUUUCAGUGGCCGAAUAGACUCGGGAAAUUUUUUUAAAAAAUUCCUCCUCUUCAGUUACGCCUGUUAAUUUUUUUUUUACAUUUAUUUAUAACCACUGGAUAUUUAUAUUUGUAACACAACGCGUGAACCAGUGCGUGAUACGUUUAUUCUGGAGUUACGAACGAGACGAGGAAGACUCGACAAUUCGAUUAUUAUUAAAUUUGCGAUUAAAAGUGCGAUUAUUAAUUGAAUUUUUUUUUCCAAUUUUUUUUUGUGAGAUUGACAAGUGAGAGGAACUGUCCGCCGAUCGAUUCGAUUAAUCAAAAAUUUUUUACACCGUUUUGUGAGUGAUAUGGCGCAGCUGAUAAGUGUCAAACUGUCGAGAUUCGACGGUUCGCCCUGGGGAUUUCGUCUGCAGGGGGGCAAGGACUUCGGUACACCCUUGAUUGUCCAAAAGGUAAACAAUGGAUCACCGGCGGAGGCGGCGGGUCUGCGUGCUGGUGAUGCUGUCAUCAAAGUAAACAACACGGAAAUGUUCAAUCUGAGACACAAAGACGCUCAGGAUGUCAUUGUUAGAGCUGGCAACACCUUCGAGGUCACCGUACAGAGGGGUGGAAGCACCUGGAGGCCAAGUGUAUCACCUGUUACACCCUCGAUUCCCUCGCCGCAACCCCAUGUGCCCGUUGGAAAUGUUUCCCCAGUUACGAAGACAUCGCUUGCUGCAAAAAAACCUGAGGGGCCGCUCAUUGGUAGUGGCCACAACUUCAGUCCAAAACCAUUUUUGAAUGGAAGCAGUGACGGUGGAGCUAUAAAAUCAAUCGUAAACAAGCAGUACAACAGCCCAGUUGGCAUCUACAGCGAGCAGACAAUAGCCGAGACUCUUUCAGCGCAAGCUGAAGUGUUGGCAGGUGGUGUUCUUGGCGUGAACUUCAAGAAAAAUGAGAAAAACUACAACGCACAGAACAGCGAAGUAUUCAAAAUGGUACAGGAGGCCGACAAGGAGCCGAGAAGUCCCGAGCCUAUUCCUUCCCGAACGGAGUUUUACUCAUCAGUGAGCAAGGCAAUUGGUGGUCAUGCGACAUCACCCCGUUCACCAACUCCCAUUGGUCGUGCAAUGGGCUACUGUCAUCCAGCCCUAUCAGUCGCCUCAUCACCCCGUGAUGACGUUCACACGACAGAUGAACAGCUACGUCUCGAGCAGUCAUCGCGUGCAUCAUCGACAUCAGACAAACGUGACAGAUACGAGACAACUUUUUGCCACGGCUGCGACUGUCCAAUAGUUGGAGUCUUUGUGAGGAUCAAGGAGAAGAACCUUCACGUUGAGUGCUUCAAGUGUUCAACAUGCGGCACUUCGUUGAAGAACGUGGGCUACUACAACAUCAAUAAUAAGUUGUACUGCGACAUACACGCAAAACUCGUUGCUAGACAACAGGCACCAGCUGGUUAUGUACCAAUUACAGUACCACCAGGUGGAAAAGCUCCAGCGGGAACAAUUUCAGCGGCUCUAGGAAAUUUGACACCUUGUCCAAAGUCUCCACCACUAAACGGUACCAGCUUGGCACCCGCCCUCUCGACAAUCUGUCGUGGAACUUCGGAUCACGGUAAGCCAUCAAGAAGCUGCUAUCGUCCGAUUGAAUUUUCACCCCCAACUGGCCCCACCGAGAAGGACAUGAUCGACGAGAAGACCUUCACAAGCACAAUAACAAUAAUAACCGGAAACGAGGCUGUAAGCAAGGAAGAGUGUUCCGCUAACAAUCGAAUGAAGACUAACAAAAAUCCCCUGGUGACGACUGAGAUAUCAGGAUUGCGAAUCGAAGAGAACAAAUCACCACCUGUUUUCAAUUCUAUGAUGAACGAUGACAAGAUUGAAAAAACCAGCGCUGUCCCUCACCCCAUCACUAACAAUUUCCAAAAAUAUCAAUCUCAACUGACGAAAAUCAACCGACAAAACAACGCGAAUAAUCGCGACAGAUCGAAUGUCAGGAGCAAGACAAAUGUCACUAAGACUGACGUGGACGGAAUUGAUUACAACAUGUACUUGAACAAUCACAAACAAAAAUUUAGCCAAGUUAUAUCGGCAAUGAUAAAUGGUGAGGACGAUAACAGGACAAUGUCAAAGUACACAAAUAACGACACACGACUGAAGAAUGAGAUCAAUCACUCAUUACCGUUGAACUUCCACACGUCCUCGAGUUCCCUAGCUACCUUUCUUCUUGCCCAUCGGACAACUCACCCUGAAACCCUGCCAGCAUCACCAACAACCCCCCCAGACUCGUCAUCCUCAUCGAUAUCAUCGUCUCCAAUACCACCAAUUACCACAAGGACCAAUCACUUUGGCAUUCCGCCCAUCGAUACACCCAGUUUUCAUCUAGUGCAGACCCCGUCGAGUAAUAUUGGAGGUCCCAAGCCCUUCAGUGGAACCAAGGUAGCUCCACCAAAUUUCUCAACACCACCGGUCUCCAACUCCGCAGUCAAUAAUUUCAAUCGUCCCCAGAGUCAGACAGUUACUGAAUCUUACUCCGAGUGCAAUUACUACGAGGAGGUGAUAGGGGAGCCGCGUUCACGUCAGGAAGAGACCUCAAGGCCGCCAUCUUCGGUGAAGGGUAAAACGUUAAAUUGGCCACCGGUGAAAUCGUUGGAGGACGUGACAUAUCCAACAGCGAGUCCCAUCUGGAUUGAUCCCAAUCCCGUACUUCAUCGUCAGCCACGUCAGGCUGUUCGUGAAAAACGCGUUAACCUUCAGCAGUCCUGCUGCAGAAGUCAAAGCGUAAGUCGUAACGAAGAUUGCGAGUACGAGAGGGAGUUGGCCUGCUGGGGUGAGGACAGUAUGGACAAGGCAAACUGCAAUGCCCCUUUUUAUCGAAAGACGGAGACGUGCGUGGAGACGCGAAGAGAAUGUCGAGCCUCCAGUCUACCCCGUCCUGAAUCAGCUGAAAGUACGCGAAGAUCAUUAACACCAACGAGAAUCAAUCAGCCGACGCCAAAGCCCUGGACAGCGACUGUCGGCGGAGGUGCUUACUCUCACGUGGAGGCGCCCCAGGUUCCGGAUCCACCGGUCUGUACGAUAUGCACCUGCAGAAUAGUCUGCGAAAAGACAUCUGGACCAUCUGGUCCUGAGCACGAGCAGGAGCAUCACUACCAUAAGAUUGUCUGCGACCUGUGCAAACCGCCAACUCCUGAACUGGAGCCUCAGCCCAUCUGUUUAUACGAACAAGAAGUUGAGGCGGUUGAGGAAGUUGUCGAGGAAGCCGAAAACGAAACGGUCGAUUUGUCGAAACUGGUACCGGAGGACGUGGCGAUAUGCCCCAAGGGUGUGGAGAGCCAGCACAAUAUGUACACGGAGACGAUGGAGAAGGAUGAGGGAAACCUUCACAUCAAGAAGACAACGAUCUACGAGAAAACAGUCGAAAUUGUAACGCCAGAACGAGGCAUGUCACCGGCGCCAGAUUCAGAUGUAGGUAGACAAUCGACAACGCCAAUGGCGGAUCGUGAGGUGGCGGAAUUUUCCGGUCGUCAGGAGUGUGUGGAAGCAGCGAGUGUCAUCAGUUCGGUAAUCGAAACUAAUCGUCAGUUGGACGAACUCCGGAAACAGGAGGAGGAGCGACGGAGAAUUUACGAGGAAGAGUGUCGACGAGAGGAGGAGAGAAUCAGACGACAAGAGGAGGAAGAGAGACGACGUGAGGAGAAUCGUUUACGAAUAUUACGAGAAGAGAAGGAAGCUAAAGCCCAGAGAAUAGAAGCGUCGAGAAAGCAAACGGAAAAGUGUUGUCGAUUGGAAGAAGAGGAGCGCAAACAUGUCAGCUUUUCGGAAACACAAAGACAAGAAGUACAACAGCCGGUGAACUCCUGGGAGCAACAGCAGUACAGACGAGAGGAGAGGAACGAUGGAGACAGCAGUAUGAGAUCUCAAGAAUGUUAUCGUUCUUUCAAAAAAGAAGUGCAAGUUCAGGACAGCUACAAACAGGUUGAGGAGGAACAGCGUCAGUGCCUGCGAGAGCAAGUGGAGAUUCACAAGUCACUUCGUCAACAGCAGCCAGAACGUCAGCCAUCUCUUCAGGAGCGCCGCAUUCAGAAGCGAUUCCGUCCACAAUCGGCAGAAGAGAUGGCUGCGGUGCAAGAGCCAGUUUGUCAACGGAAACACGUGCAAUUUCUUACCGAUUCUGAUGCUGGAAUUUGUUCCCUGCCUCAGACGACGGUGAAAAAUACUACACCCAAGGAAUACAAAACCCCGAUGUGCGACGCCCUGACGACAGCGCCAUCACGGCCAUUUUCACCGUUUCAUCCUGGAGUCGGUAAAACAGAGGAACUGAAGCAUUACUCAACGGAGAUUCGAUAUCAGGAGAUUUCUCAUCAGGCACCGGCACCGCAACCUGAAUAUUACAAAGGCCCUUACGAAAGGCCCGUUUCGCCGUUUACUGACGCCCUCAUCAUCGCUCCAGAUCGUCCUUACACCCCCCUCGGAGAAGAGGUGAAGGGAGUUUUUCCCGUUGACAAGCCAGACGGAGCCCGCCCUUACACGCCGAUAAAUCAACAGCAGGAGGGCUACUGUCAUCCUGCUGAGAUCCUCUACACCGAUUCCGUGACACGUCAAUCAAGAACCAGAGAGAGAAGUCUCAGAAAAGUGGAGGGUCCGAGGCCCCUACCGACUCCCCCACCGGAUUAUAGAUUGAGGGACUCGUCGAUAUCUCCGGCGCGGUCUCUCUCACGUCCAACAACACCAGCUGAAUGUAAAGUCCGAUCCGGGGGACUGAAGAAACCUGACACAAUUCCGUUCUACCAGAAGCAUCUGGUGGCGGUCGAGCAAGAAGCUGUUGCCAGUGUUCCCUACGUCCCAAGUAGAUCGCCAACACCUCAUAGAAAAUCUCCAGCUCCUGGACCCCCAGAUCCUCCCGCAUACUACACCCGAGCUCAAGCUCCGAGAAUCCGCGAAACGUCUCAACAAGCCUGUCAGCGGAGCAGCCAGCAGGCCUCUUCGUUCUCCGGGCCAUAUGAGAAAAUAUCUUAUCAUAUGGAAGAAGACACCCCUCAGGGUCACCGAUCAUCGGAUUUCGUCGGCACUCGUUCGUCUUAUCAUCAAGAUUCGGGGAAUGAAUCCUACUCAUGUCAGUAUCAACGACGAGAGGAGGAGAAGCGUUCAUGCCAAGAGAAAUCUAUCGAGGAAAAGCGAUCUUACCAAGAGACAUCGGAGGAUGAAGCAGAGACCUGCGGAAUCUCCAAGAUCUCCCGCACCCAGCCGUCUCUGCCAUGUCCGAUAAGUCAUUCGGCAAUAUCCGACAGAAUUCAGAGGACAGGAGUUAAAGUCCUCCCAACACCCACCAUGAAUACCACCUGUCAAAUGUCCGAGACCCGGAGAAUAUGCCAUCAGGAACGCAAUACAAGUUGUUACAGUUCCCGGAAGGAGGAGAGUACCUGCGCAAACACUGGAGUCACGGUUCUUCCGUGUCGAGCAAUCACAGACACUGGAUCCAGUAAAGCUGGCGUGGUAAUUGUUCCCUGCGCCGAAUCCGAAAGCUCCCAGACGUGUCCACGAGCCGGAAUUUGUGUCACUCCAACGCCUGACAGAUCCGGCCUCUGUGUCUCACCAGCUUUACAUGGUAGAUCAGCUGCCAAGUGCAGUGGAGAGAAGGGAAUUCGCUCCGGAGGUGCCGAAAUUGAUAUCGGAAAUUGUCCAGCGUCUGGAGUGCGCGUGGGCACCUGCACAGACGGUUCCGUCUGCAUCGCUCCCUGCAAAGUCCCCGGAUUCUCUUCCGUUUCCUGCCCGAAGCCGGUGCAGAAGCCAAAAUGUCCGCUGAACAAACCCGUUCCCUUUCCUCACAUACCCCUUCCCGACGAAGCACAAGUCGACCCCUGCGAUGUUUGUCCGCUUAAAAAACAGCUUGACAGCUUUCAACCGAUAAAACAGCAGCAACAGCAGCCUCGCACAACUCUCAGCCAGCAGCUUACUUGCAUGACUGUUAAACGCGACAAACAAGUUGUUCAUUUGUUCAAAUCCCAAGCAGAAGCUUCGGAGCAGUGUGACGAUGGCCUUCAUUGUGAGCCUCGUGAGCCAGAAACGAACAGUUGUUCCGAUGGCCUUCAUUGUGAGCCACGUAAAAACACCUGCUCCGAUGGUAAACACUGCGAACCCGAGACAUAUCGACCUGAACCAACCCUUUCGCGCGCACCCUAUGCCCCUCAACCAUUUAGUAAAACCCAGAACUUAGCAGACCCACCAAAUUUGUCGUCCCAACCGGAUUUAGGUAGCGGUGUUGGUGGAAUUGGGCCACAGGGUAGAAAAUUCGCUGGAAGCUCAGCUCCCAAACGCGGAAAGGGAAUUCUCAAUCAGGCAGCCACUGGACGACAGCCCGUCUGUGGACAUUGUCAGACAUACGUCAGGGGCCCCUUCAUCACCGCCCUCGGACAAAUUUGGUGUCCCGAGCACUUCGUCUGCGUAAAUCCCCAGUGCCGUCGUCACCUCCAGGACAUUGGCUUCGUUGAGGAGAAGGGCCAGCUGUACUGCGAAUACUGUUUCGAGCGUUUCAUCGCCCCUUCGUGCAACAAGUGCAACAACAAGAUCAAGGGUGAUUGCCUCACUGCGAUUGGCAAAUCCUAUCAUCCGGAGUGCUUCAACUGCACUUACUGUGGCAAAUUGUUUGGCAACAGUCCGUUCUUCCUUGAGGAGGGUCUACCGUACUGCGAGGCCGAUUGGAACGAACUAUUUACGACAAAAUGCUACGCCUGUGGCUUCCCCGUUGAGGCUGGGGAUCGUUGGGUCGAGGCCUUGAAUAAUAAUUAUCACAGCCAGUGCUUCAAUUGCACGAUGUGCAAGAAGAAUCUGGAAGGACAGAGUUUCUACGCCAAAGGUGGUCGUCCCUUCUGCAAAAACCACGCACGCUAGGGCACCAUAAAACUCCUGCCUCAAAUAUCGAAAACAGUGAAUAAUAAAAAAAGCGAAAAAUAAAAUGAAAACGAUAAGAUUUACUAUGAAUAACGCCGAUGAUAGUACGCUAUUUAAAUUCAUUUUUCUUCGAAAUCAAUGUGAAUUUUCACUAACACAAAUGUGCGAUUAUUACGGGGACUGCACCUCGUUUAAUUAAAAUUAAAUUAUGUUUACUGCUUGAGUUCAGCUCAGAAGUAUUUCGAAGCGAUACUUUGAGGUUUAUUUUUGGCUUCAAUGACAGAGGACACAAUCGAAAACCUCUCAUGAAAUGUAAUGUGAAAGAUUAAAAUUACGAUUGUGAGUCUAAAUAUUACGGAAAUAUUAUAUUACGAUAAAAUGUUACGAAAAAGAUUAUGGAACUAAAUACAGAAUUCAGUUCUUCAUUUC